UCCGCGUCAGCGCUGCGUCACUUUUGCUGGCUGACUUUUCGUGGGCUAAAAACUGUAAAGUGCUCCUACUCCCCAACCUGCUUGUUGAUCGCCCCGCGCCGCCGAUUAACACCGCCAGUUUAUUAUUAGCUCGACUGGCACCGCGGGGCGGCUUUGACUCGACGGGAGAAGUCGUCGUUAAGCAGCCGACACCGCGUCACGGCGGCGUUUUUGUCGACUUUUUGCACGCCGAAGAGGCUUUUCCUCCCUCCGCCAAUGUAGCUCGGUAGCUAGCAGCGUCGCGUUCACAUCGUUUACACUGCGCCGUUUUUCUUCCCCUUUCUUUGUGUUGUUGUUAUUAUUAUUGUUGUUAUUAUUAUUCCCCCUUCUUACGCUGGCCGGAUAACCAUCGCGGUCGGCGAAAAAAAAAAAAGAGAGUCAAGAUUGAGGAUUCAUCCCGACGCUGUCAACCGGGCUCACCCCCCUCCGCCCCCGGUCACCGAGCGAAUUAAUGGCCGGAAAUCCGAGGAGGGGCGCGGGUCUCAUCGGCUUGAUGAAGGACGCCUUUCAGCCCCACCAGCAGCCCCUGCAGCCCCACCAACCCGCAGUGGUGGACAAGAAAAUGGUGGAGAAAUGCUGGAAGCUCAUGGAUAAGGUGGUGCGCUUGUGCCAGAACCCCAAGGUGGCGUUGAAGAACAGCCCGCCGUACAUCCUGGACCUGCUGCCCGACACCUACCAGCACCUGCGCACCAUCCUGUCACGCUACGAGAACCGCAUGGACAUGCUGGGCGAGAACGAGUACUUCCGCGUGGUCAUGGACAACCUGACCAACAAGACCAAGCAGACCAUGAGUUUGUUCAAGGAGGCCAAGGAGAGGAUGUACGAAGAGAACUCACAGCCCAGGCGAAACCUCACCAAGCUGUCGCUUAUCUUCAGUCACAUGCUCGCCGAGCUCAAAGCCAUUUUCCCAAACGGCCUGUUCCAGGGCGACAACUUCCGCAUCACCAAAGCUGACGCCGCCGAGUUUUGGAGGCGCUCCUUUGGGGAUAAGACCAUUGUGCCAUGGAGGACGUUCCGCCAGGCGCUGCACGAAUUCCACCCCAUCAGCUCGGGCCUGGAGGCCAUGGCGCUCAAGUCCACCAUCGACCUCACCUGCAACGAUUACAUCUCCGUCUUUGAGUUCGACAUCUUCACCAGGCUCUUCCAGCCGUGGUCAUCUCUGUUGAGGAACUGGAACAGUCUCGCGGUCACACACCCAGGGUACAUGGCCUUCCUCACGUACGACGAGGUCAAGGCUCGUUUGCACAGGUUCAUCCACAAGCCUGGCAGCUACAUCUUCAGGCUCAGCUGCACGCGACUGGGCCAGUGGGCCAUCGGCUACGUGACUGCGGACGGCAACAUCCUGCAGACCAUCCCCCAUAACAAGCCUCUGUUCCAAGCGCUCAUCGAUGGCUACAGAGAGGGAUUCUACCUAUUUCCAGAUGGUCGUGCACAGAACCCAGACCUAACAGGCCUGUGUGAACCUUCUCCACAAGACCACAUCAAAGUUACCCAGGAGCAGUACGAGUUAUACUGCGAGAUGGGCUCCACGUUCCAGCUGUGCAAGAUCUGCGCCGAGAACGACAAGGACGUCAAGAUCGAACCGUGCCGACACCUGAUGUGCACUUCCUGUCUGACCGCCUGGCAGGAUUCGGAGGGUCAGGGCUGCCCCUUCUGCCGCUGUGAGAUUAAGGGCACCGAGCCCAUCGUGGUGGACCCCUUCCAUCCCAAGGCCAGCGGGGGGGCUUUCGCCGGCUUCCAGGGGGGAGCGAGCCGGGCCGAGGCGGCCACCAACGACGAGGACGACGACGAGCGUCUGGAGGACCAGAACCUCGUCAUGAGCAGGCUGGCCUGCAGCAAAGUGGAGCGCCCACCAUCUCCAGUGUCCCAGCUGCCUCCGGUCCCGCCCCGGCUGGACCUCCUUCAGCAGCGACCCUCCAGCACACACGGCCAGCUGGUCCAAGGAGCCUGCGCUAAGAUGGGGGCCACACACAGGGACAAGCCCCUCCCGCUGCCCCCGGCGCUCCGAGAGCUGCCCCCGCCGCCUCCUCCGGAGCGCCCCUCCUUGGUGGCGCUGGACUCCAGGCUCCAAAGGAGACCCCUGCCCUCCACGCCCGACACGCCCGCCUGGGCCGCCAACUACAUGGUGCCGCGGUCCGUCUGCAAGGCGCCCACGGCUGCCCUGCCCGCCACGCCUCAAAGCGCCAGCGGCGGCGCAGAGGCAAGCAAACCCCAAGCGGCCACAAAUGCCAUCUACUGUUUGGCCGCCAGGUCGCUGCCGACCUCAGCCGUGUCCAGCAGGGAGAAGUUGCCCACCGACUGCGAGGAGAACGAGUACAUGAGUCCCACCUCCCUGCCGGCAUCGGGCGGCGUGUGGAUCAUCAGCGGCUCCUUGGUGCCGCCGCCACCUCCUCCCAGCCAAUCAAACCACCACAAUGACGUCAGCGGUGACGGCGUAGACGUGGACUCCGGGGACCCUCAGGUAUACGAGGCCAUGUGCAACAUCCAGGCCCAGGCUGCCUCCUCAGAGGCCGGCGAUCACGAACGUCCUCAGCACUCCUCCUCCGUGGUCUACCAGCCCAAGUCCACGGACGGCUCCUCCGAGGACGCGUACGAGUACGACUGCCCUCGCCCGCUGGCCCCCCCGGCGCCCGCCCGGCGAGCUCUGGCCGACCUCAACGGUCCGUCCACAGCCUUCAGCACGCUCAGCAUCGACGGAGCCGUUGAACCCAGUUUGUACGCGGCCGGCGUGGACCCCGAGCGCCCCCCCAAGCCCCUCCCACGCCGCGCCAACUCUGAUCGGCGGGUUCGGCCGCUGAACCGCGAGCUCCCUUCGGUCUCGCAGGAUCAGCCCCCCCGGCCCUCCUCCUCGCACACGCCGCCGCCUCCGCCGCCACCCUCGGCCGGCGUGGCGCUGAGCGGCGAGAUCGAGUGCCUGAUGUCGCAGGGCUACUCCAUCCAGGACAUCCAGAAGGCGCUGAUGAUCGCCAGGAACAACCUGGAGACGGCCAAGAACAUCCUCCGAGAGUUUGUGUCCGUGCCGUCGGCCGCGCACAUCGCCACAUAGUCCCGCCGCAUCCCUCUCCGUCUCGUUCCAUCGUUGCGCCCCGGUCGCCUCCGAACUUUUUCACGCUUCAUCCCACACGGAAAAACUUCAAAAGCCUUUAAAUGUUCAUAAAAGUGUACGACGUAACCACUCGAGGGACCAUGUUGGCUCAAUGUGACACCGCUAGCCGCCUAUGUUGUACUGUUACGUGGCCACGCAUGGCCCGAAUGAACCCCUUUGUUUAAUAAUAAAAAUAAUAAUGUACGAACAGGUUGACCGUGGUUCUACACAGAGAUGGGCAUUUGGAGCUAAAUCGUAGCAUAUUUCUUAGCGUAUUUGUUUCCACUGCCCUUUUAGACAGAAACAAAGCCUCAUGUUUACGUUUACUUCCUGUUAUUAUUUGUUCUGCAUUCUGUUUAGACAGUAAGUUCCCACGUCAUGAUUCUACCAAUUUCUACAGACACAGAUGUCUACAGAUUUUUAUUCUGCAGCCCAUUUUUACUUCGUUUCUAGUUGUUCGACAGCCCAUUAAGGCAGUAACAAAAACAUCGUUGACCUUAAAGACAUUUUUCUUAGGCACCAACAAUAGCAUUGUCUUCACUUUUGCGUCAUUUCCGUUUUUUUUCCUGCAGCCCAUUUAGGCACCAACUUUUCCAUGACAUUCUUUUACCUCCUUGUUUUAAAUUUGUUCUGCAGCCAAUUUAGGUGGCAACGAUAGCAUCGUACGCACUUUUAUUUCCUGAUUGCCCAUCCUUAGUUCCCCACGUCGACUCAGUUCUGUGACGAGUUCGACCUUUUAUCGCUACAUGCGGGCGAUAUGCCCUCGCUUCGAGCGUCUCGCAACUUUUGAACCGUUUCAGAAUAAAAAGCACCAACAAGUAACAAAGACGCUUUGCCGCUUCCGGACGACGUGCGCGACAACCGAAAAGCGAACACAUUCCAGUCCCGACGAGCGUUUCAGCGGAGGCGCCGGGUUUACUUGGAUGGAUCAUGUCAGGUGUCAGUUAAUGUCUGUAAAUGUGCCUUUUGGCAGGUUUGCUCGCCAUUUUGGAAUACUUUCUUCCUCCAGUCGUCACAGAUGGUAUUAAUAUGAAAAGAGAUUAACACUCCAAUACUUUAAAUGCUAGUACUAAAGAAUUGUUGUCUUGGGACUGAUGUAACAUAAUGUGGUAGCACAUUGACUUAAGGUUAUGAAAUGUCACGUUUAAGGCCUUAAAGAGGACUUUUUGAGGUGGUCCAUUUUUAUUUCGGAGCGCCACUCGAGGGACUUUGCGCGAUUGAUGAUAUGUUCCGCGCGUUGUCUUCUCUCGAGACUUACGCUUUAAGAAAGACACACCCACUCAUCCCUCUCUCUCAUUCGAUUGGUCAGCUCCAACAUGCCUCAUUUACAAGAAAGGAAAUGUCUGAUUCCAAAUGGAUGCUUAAAUGUGUGUACACUUUAAAAGAAGUCUUUUAACUCGCCUUUUUUUUUUCUCAACUCGCCUACUAAAAUGUUUGUUGCUGCUUUAUUGUCAUGUAAAUAUGAUUUAUUUAUUGUCUUUUUAAUAUCCUCUGCGUAUGUUGUGUUGCCAUGUUUUCAUGCCCAAGCCAUUAAGAUUUUUAAUUAAA